CACUCCACGCCAGUAGGUCACUCGUCCCUGAACUUUGGUCCGGUAAACUGCAAGCUCUCUGCAUAACUCAUUUGUCACGAUGAAAUCUCACCUUAUUGUCACCUUCGUCGUUUGCACGAUUCUUCACGGGGGCUCAACUUUUACGAUCCGCAAGGGCAGAGAUUCAAGUCAGACCAGUGCUUCUGCAAAUGGUCAAGCGAACUCGUCCGUUUCUGCCUCGAUCACUUCUUCUGGGGGCUCUAGCUCCAUACAAAUCAGUGCAUACGGAAAUUCGGGCGAGUAUGGGAAUGUAGAUUCGAAUUAUGGAGUCGGAAAUUCUUACGCUGGGACAGGAGUCUGGGCUAGUGCGACCGGUCAGCAUGUGAGCGGUCAAGUUGAGCAAGAAUCCAAUGCGUCCGGAAACGGCACUUAUAACAACGAAAUUAUCGCUGAGCCGACCACAACUACUUCGGCACCUGAAACGACGACGACUUGUGAACCGGAAACGACCACGACCGAGGCUCCUACUACAGCCCCACCAACGACGACCGAGCCUGCUACCACGCAACCACCCACAACGACCGAGGCUGCUACAACGCAACCCCCCACAACGACCGAAGCUGCCACCACGCAACCACCCACAACGACCGAGGCUGCUACCACGCAACCACCCACAACGACCGAGGCUGCUACCACGCAACCACCCACAACGACCGAGGCUGCUACCACGCAACCACCCACAACGACCGAGGCUGCUACCACGCAACCACCCACAACGACCGAGGCUACCACGGAUCCACCAACAACGACCGAGGCUGCUACCACCCCAGAACCAACGACGACCGAGGCUCCCACGACCGUAGCACCAUCCGCUGGAAACUCCGCCGAAGCCGUGGCCAGCGCCAGUGCUAGCGCCACCGCGACCGCGGGCGCUCGUGAACCUUCCGGUAAAUCCACUUUACAACAAAUCCGAAGACCCGACACAGUCAACGCUACCGGUCAGGGUGGCGCCCACGCCGUGGCGGACGCCACGGUGUCGGCAUCUUCCUCGCAAAACGGUACCUCAUCCCUCUCCAUUAACGGGAACACGUACGCCUCCCUCAACGGGGACGCGUUCAAUUCACCCCCCAGCGUCAAUGGGGGCGUCUACUCGUCCGGAAAUAUGGCCGUGAGUGCGACCGGAGACAAUGCCCAGGCCACGAUUAACACGUUGAACGAGAUCACUCCGUCCCAUGGAGAGGCCGCAAUCGAGGGGAAAGCACCUGCUGCUUAAUUCGGCAGAUUAAUGGACCUUUUUGAGUUAUUUAAUUAAUUAAUUAAUUAUUUAUUUAUUUAUUGCGCUAUUUAUUUAAUUAUUUAUUGUCGUCUUUACUCCCAUUGUUAAUUUUGAAUGUGACAGAUUACUGUAAAAUAAAACGGUGCUGUAAAAUGAGGAUGCAAAACUGUAA